AUGCCUCACAUCCCGCUGACACCUCGAGAGGCACGCGGAGUUCAUUGCUCCAAAAGGCUCAAGACGUAUGCCAACUUUCCAGAAGCACCUCAGGAGGAGGCUUCUCUCAGCAAUAGGCUCAAGACGUAUGCCAACUUUCCAGAAGCACCUCACGAGGAGGCUUCUCUCAGCAAUAGGCUCAAGACGUAUGCCAAUUUUCCAGAAGCACCUCAGGAGGAGGCUUCUCUCAGCAAUAGGCUCAAGACGUAUGCCAACUUUCCAGAAGCACCUCACGAGGAGGCUUCUCUCAGCAAUAGGCUCAAGACGUAUGCCAAUUUUCCAGAAGCACCUCAGGAGGAGGCUUCUCUCAGCAAUAGGCUCAAGACGUAUGCCAACUUUCCAGAAGCACCUCAGGAGGAGGCUUCUCUCAGCAAGAGGCUCAAGACGUAUGCCAACUUUCCAGAAGCACCUCAGGAGGAGGCUUCUCUAAGCAAGAGGCUCAAGACGUAUGCCAACUUUCCAGAAGCACCUCAGGAGGAGGCUUCUCUCAGCAAUAGGCUCAAGACGUAUGCCAACUUUCCAGAAGCACCUCAGGAGGAGGCUUCUCUCAGCAAGAGGCUCAAGACGUAUGCCAACUUUCCAGAAGCACCUCAGGAGGAGGCUUCUCUCAGCAAUAGGCUCAAGACGUAUGCCAACUUUCCAGAAGCACCUCAGGAGGAGGCUUCUCUAAGCAAUAGGCUCAAGACGUAUGCCAACUUUCCAGAAGCACCUCAGGAGGAGGCUUCUCUCAGCAAUAGGCUCAAGACGUAUGCCAACUUUCCAGAAGCACCUCAGGAGGAGGCUUCUCUCAGCAAUAGGCUCAAGACGUAUGCCAACUUUCCAGAAGCACCUCAGGAGGAGGCUUCUCUCAGCAAUAGGCUCAAGACGUAUGCCAACUUUCCAGAAGCACCUCAGGAGGAGGCUUCUCUAAGCAAUAGGCUCAAGACGUAUGCCAACUUUCCAGAAGCACCUCAGGAGGAGGCUUCUCUCAGCAAUAGGCUCAAGACGUAUGCCAACUUUCCAGAAGCACCUCAGGAGGAGGCUUCUCUCAGCAAUAGGCUCAACACGUAUGACAACUUUCCAGAAUCACCACAGGAGGAGGCUUCUCUCAGCAAUAGGCUCAAGACGUAUGCCAACUUUCCAGAAGCACCUCAGGAGGAGGCUUCUCUCAGCAAUAGGCUCAAGACGUAUGCCAACUUUCCAGAAGCACCUCAGGAGGAGGCUUCUCUCAGCAAGAGGCUCAACACGUAUGACAACUUUCCAGAAGCACCACAGGAGGAGGCUUCUCUCAGCAAUAGGCUCAAGACGUAUGCCAACUUUCCAGAAGCACCUCAGGAGGAGGCUUCUCUCAGCAAUAGGCUCAAGACGUAUGCCAACUUUCCAGAAGCACCUCAGGAGGAGGCUUCUCUCAGCAAGAGGCUCAACACGUAUGACAACUUUCCAGAAGCACCACAGGAGGAGGCUUCUCUCAGCAAUAGGCUCAAGACGUAUGCCAACUUUCCAGAAGCACCUCAGGAGGAGGAUUUUCUCAGCAAUAGGCUCAAGACGUAUGCCAACUUUCCAGAAGCACCUCAGGAGGAGGCUUCUCUCAGCAAGAGGCUCAAGACGUAUGCCAACUUUCCAGAAGCACCUCAGGAGGAGGCUUCUCUAAGCAAUAGGCUCAACACGUAUGACAACUUUCCAGAAGCACCACAGGAGGAGGCUUCUCUCAGCAAUAGGCUCAAGACGUAUGCCAACUUUCCAGAAGCACCUCAGGAGGAGGCUUCUCUCAGCAAUAGGCUCAAGACGUAUGCCAACUUUCCAGAAGCACCUCAGGAGGAGGCUUCUCUAAGCAAUAGGCUCAACACGUAUGACAACUUUCCAGAAGCACCACAGGAGGAGGCUUCUCUCAGCAAUAGGCUCAAGACGUAUGCCAACUUUCCAGAAGCACCUCAGGAGGAGGCUUCUCUCAGCAAUAGGCUCAAAACGUAUGCCAACUUUCCAGAAGCACCUCAGGAGGAGGCUUCUCUCAGCAAUAGGCUCAAGACGUAUGCCAACUUUCAAGAAGCACCUCAGGAGGAGGCUUCUCUCAGCAAUAGGCUCAAGACGUAUGCCAACUUUCCAGAAGCACCUCACGAGGAGGCUUCUCUCAGCAAUAGGCUCAAGACGUAUGCCAAUUUUCCAGAAGCACCUCAGGAGGAGGCUUCUCUCAGCAAUAGGCUCAAGACGUAUGCCAACUUUCCAGAAGCACCUCACGAGGAGGCUUCUCUCAGCAAUAGGCUCAAGACGUAUGCCAAUUUUCCAGAAGCACCUCAGGAGGAGGCUUCUCUCAGCAAUAGGCUCAAGACGUAUGCCAACUUUCCAGAAGCACCUCAGGAGGAGGCUUCUCUCAGCAAGAGGCUCAAGACGUAUGCCAACUUUCCAGAAGCACCUCAGGAGGAGGCUUCUCUCAGCAAUAGGCUCAAGACGUAUGCCAACUUUCCAGAAGCACCUCAGGAGGAGGCUUCUCUAAGCAAGAGGCUCAAGACGUAUGCCAACUUUCCAGAAGCACCUCAGGAGGAGGCUUCUCUCAGCAAUAGGCUCAAGACGUAUGCCAACUUUCCAGAAGCACCUCAGGAGGAGGCUUCUCUAAGCAAUAGGCUCAAGACGUAUGCCAACUUUCCAGAAGCACCUCAGGAGGAGGCUUCUCUCAGCAAGAGGCUCAAGACGUAUGCCAACUUUCCAGAAGCACCUCAGGAGGAGGCUUCUCUAAGCAAUAGGCUCAAGACGUAUGCCAACUUUCCAGAAGCACCUCAGGAGGAGGCUUCUCUCAGCAAUAGGCUCAAGACGUAUGCCAACUUUCCAGAAGCACCUCAGGAGGAGGCUUCUCUCAGCAAUAGGCUCAAGACGUAUGCCAAUUUUCCAGAAGCACCUCAGGAGGAGACUUCUCUAAGCAAUAGGCUCAAGACGUAUGCCAACUUUCCAGAAGCACCUCAGGAGGAGGCUUCUCUCAGCAAUAGGCUCAAGACGUAUGCCAACUUUCCAGAAGCACCUCAGGAGGAGGCUUCUCUCAGCAAGAGGCUCAACACGUAUGACAACUUUCCAGAAGCACCACAGGAGGAGGCUUCUCUCAGCAAUAGGCUCAAGACGUAUGCCAACUUUCCAGAAGCACCUCAGGAGGAGGCUUCUCUCAGCAAUAGGCUCAAGACGUAUGCCAACUUUCCAGAAGCACCUCAGGAGGAGGCUUCUCUCAGCAAGAGGCUCAACACGUAUGACAACUUUCCAGAAGCACCACAGGAGGAGGCUUCUCUCAGCAAUAGGCUCAAGACGUAUGCCAACUUUCCAGAAGCACCUCAGGAGGAGGAUUUUCUCAGCAAUAGGCUCAAGACGUAUGCCAACUUUCCAGAAGCACCUCAGGAGGAGGCUUCUCUCAGCAAGAGGCUCAAGACGUAUGCCAACUUUCCAGAAGCACCUCAGGAGGAGGCUUCUCUAAGCAAUAGGCUCAAGACGGAUGCCAACUUUCCAGAAGCACCUCAGGAGGAGGCUUCUCUCAGCAAUAGGCUCAAGACGUAUGCCAACUUUCCAGAAGCACCUCAGGAGGAGGCUUCUCUAAGCAAUAGGCUCAAGACGUAUGCCAACUUUCCAGAAGCACCUCAGGAGGAGGCUUCUCUAAGCAAUAGGCUCAAGACGUAUGCCAACUUUCCAGAAGCACCUCAGGAGGAGGCUUCUCUCAGCAAUAGGCUCAAGACGUAUGCCAACUUUCCAGAAGCACCUCAGGAGGAGGCUUCUCUAAGCAAUAGGCUCAAGACGUAUGCCAACUUUCCAGAAGCACCUCAGGAGGAGGCUUCUCUCAGCAAUAGGCUCAAGACGUAUGCCAACUUUCCAGAAGCACCUCAGGAGGAGGCUUCUCUCAGCAAUAGGCUCAAGACGUAUGCCAACUUUCCAGAAGCACCUCAGGAGGAGACUUCUCUAAGCAAUAGGCUCAACACGUAUGACAACUUUCCAGAAUCACCACAGGAGGAGGCUUCUCUCAGCAAUAGGCUCAAGACGUAUGCCAACUUUCCAGAAGCACCUCAGGAGGAGGCUUCUCUCAGCAAUAGGCUCAAGACGUAUGCCAACUUUCCAGAAGCACCUCAGGAGGAGGCUUCUCUCAGCAAGAGGCUCAACACGUAUGACAACUUUCCAGAAGCACCACAGGAGGAGGCUUCUCUCAGCAAUAGGCUCAAGACGUAUGCCAACUUUCCAGAAGCACCUCAGGAGGAGGCUUCUCUCAGCAAUAGGCUCAAGACGUAUGCCAACUUUCCAGAAGCACCUCAGGAGGAGGCUUCUCUAAGCAAGAGGCUCAACACGUAUGACAACUUUCCAGAAGCACCACAGGAGGAGGCUUCUCUCAGCAAUAGGCUCAAGACGUAUGCCAACUUUCCAGAAGCACCUCAGGAGGAGGAUUUUCUCAGCAAUAGGCUCAAGACGUAUGCCAACUUUCCAGAAGCACCUCAGGAGGAGGCUUCUCUAAGCAAUAGGCUCAACACGUAUGACAACUUUCCAGAAGCACCACAGGAGGAGGCUUCUCUCAGCAAUAGGCUCAAGACGGAUGCCAACUUUCCAGAAGCACCUCAGGAGGAGGCUUCUCUCAGCAAUAGGCUCAAGACGUAUGCCAACUUUCCAGAAGCACCUCAGGAGGAGGCUUCUCUAAGCAAUAGGCUCAAGACGGAUGCCAACUUUCCAGAAGCACCUCAGGAGGAGGCUUCUCUCAGCAAUAGGCUCAACAAGUAUGACAACUUUCCAGAAGCACCACAGGAGGAGGCUUCUCUCAGCAAUAGGCUCAAGACGUAUGCCAACUUUCCAGAAGCACCUCAGGAGGAGGCUUCUCUCAGCAAUAGGCUCAAGACGUAUGCCAAGUUUCCAGAAGCUCCUCAGCAGGAGGCUUCUCUCAGCAAGAGGCUCAAGACGUAUGCCAACUUUCCAGAAGCACCUCAGGAGGAGGCUUCUCUAAGCAAUAGGCUCAAGACGUAUGCCAACUUUCCAGAAGCACCUCAGGAGGAGGCUUCUCUCAGCAAUAGGCUCAAGACGUAUGCCAACUUUCCAGAAGCACCUCAGGAGGAGGCUUCUCUCAGCAAUAGGCUCAAGACGUAUGCCAAGUUUCCAGAAGCUCCUCAGGAGGAGGCUUCUCUCAGCAAGAGGCUCAAGACGUAUGCCAACUUUCCAGAAGCACCUCAGGAGGAGGCUUCUCUCAGCAAGAGGCUCAAGACGUAUGCCAACUUUCCAGAAGCACCUCAGGAGGAGGCUUCUCUAAGCAAUAGGCUCAACACGUAUGACAACUUUCCAGAAGCACCACAGGAGGAGGCUUCUCUCAGCAAUAGGCUCAAGACGGAUGCCAACUUUCCAGAAGCACCUCAGGAGGAGGCUUCUCUCAGCAAUAGGCUCAAGACGUAUGCCAACUUUCCAGAAGCACCUCAGGAGGAGGCUUCUCUAAGCAAUAGGCUCAAGACGGAUGCCAACUUUCCAGAAGCACCUCAGGAGGAGGCUUCUCUCAGCAAUAGGCUCAACAAGUAUGACAACUUUCCAGAAGCACCAGAGGAGGAGGCUUCUCUCAGCAAUAGGCUCAAGACGUAUGCCAACUUUCCAGAAGCACCUCAGGAGGAGGCUUCUCUCAGCAAUAGGCUCAAGACGUAUGCCAAGUUUCCAGAAGCUCCUCAGCAGGAGGCUUCUCUCAGCAAGAGGCUCAAGACGUAUGCCAACUUUCCAGAAGCACCUCAGGAGGAGGCUUCUCUCAGCAAUAGGCUCAAGACGUAUGCCAAGUUUCCAGAAGCUCCUCAGGAGGAGGCUUCUCUCAGCAAGAGGCUCAAGACGUAUGCCAACUUUCCAGAAGCACCUCAGGAGGAGGCUUCUCUCAGCAAUAGGCUCAAGACGUAUGCCAACUUUCCAGAAGCACCUCAGGAGGAGGCUUCUCUCAGCAAUAGGCUCAAGACGUAUGCCAACUUUCCAGAAGCACCUCAGGAGGAGGCUUCUCUCAGCAAGAGGCUCAAGACGUAUGCCAACUUUCCAGAAGCACCUCAGGAGGAGGCUUCUCUAAGCAAUAGGCUCAACACGUAUGACAACUUUCCAGAAGCACCACAGGAGGAGGCUUCUCUCAGCAAUAGGCUCAAGACGGAUGCCAACUUUCCAGAAGCACCUCAGGAGGAGGCUUCUCUCAGCAAUAGGCUCAAGACGUAUGCCAACUUUCCAGAAGCACCUCAGGAGGAGGCUUCUCUAAGCAAUAGGCUCAAGACGGAUGCCAACUUUCCAGAAGCACCUCAGGAGGAGGCUUCUCUCAGCAAUAGGCUCAACAAGUAUGACAACUUUCCAGAAGCACCACAGGAGGAGGCUUCUCUCAGCAAUAGGCUCAAGACGUAUGCCAACUUUCCAGAAGCACCUCAGGAGGAGGCUUCUCUCAGCAAUAGGCUCAAGACGUAUGCCAAGUUUCCAGAAGCUCCUCAGCAGGAGGCUUCUCUCAGCAAGAGGCUCAAGACGUAUGCCAACUUUCCAGAAGCACCUCAGGAGGAGGCUUCUCUCAGCAAUAGGCUCAACACGUAUGACAACUUUCCAGAAGCACCACAGGAGGAGGCUUCUCUCAGCAAUAGGCUCAAGACGUAUGCCAACUUUCCAGAAGCACCUCAGGAGGAGGCUUCUCUCAGCAAUAGGCUCAAGACGUAUGCCAACUUUCCAGAAGCACCUCAGGAGGAGGCUUCUCUCAGCAAUAGGCUCAAGACGUAUGCCAAGUUUCCAGAAGCUCCUCAGGAGGAGGCUUCUCUCAGCAAGAGGCUCAAGACGUAUGCCAAGUUUCCAGAAGCUCCUCAGGAGGAGGCUUCUCUCAGCAAGAGGCUCAAGACGUAUGCCAACUUUCCAGAAGCACCUCAGGAGGAGGCUUCUCUCAGCAAUAGGCUCAAGACGUAUGCCAACUUUCCAGAAGCACCUCAGGAGGAGGCUUCUCUCAGCAAUAGGCUCAAGACGUAUGCCAACUUUCCAGAAGCACCUCAGGAGGAGGCUUCUCUCAGCAAUAGGCUCAAGACGUAUGCCAAGUUUCCAGAAGCUCCUCAGGAGGAGGCUUCUCUCAGCAAGAGGCUCAAGACGUAUGCCAACUUUCCAGAAGCACCUCAGGAGGAGGCUUCUCUCAGCAAUAGGCUCAAGACGUAUGCCAACUUUCCAGAAGCACCUCAGGAGGAGGCUUCUCUCAGCAAUAGGCUCAAGACGUAUGCCAACUUUCCAGAAGCACCUCAGGAGGAGGCUUCUCUCAGCAAUAGGCUCAAGACGUAUGCCAACUUUCCAGAAGCACCUCAGGAGGAGGCUUCUCUCAGCAAUAGGCUGAAGACGUAUGCCAACUUUCCAGAAGCACCUCAGGAGGAGGCUUCUCUCAGCAAUAGGCUCAAGACGUAUGCCAAGUUUCCAGAAGCUCCUCAGGAGGAGGCUUCUCUCAGCAAGAGGCUCAAGACGUAUGCCAACUUUCCAGAAGCACCUCAGGAGGAGGCUUCUCUCAGCAAUAGGCUCAAGACGUAUGCCAACUUUCCAGAAGCACCUCAGGAGGAGGCUUCUCUCAGCAAUAGGCUCAAGACGUAUGCCAACUUUCCAGAAGCACUUCAGGAGGAGGCUUCUCUCAGCAAUAGGCUCAAGACGUAUGGCAACUUUCCAGAAGCACCUCAGGAGGAGGCUUCUCUCAGCAAUAGGCUCAAGACGUAUGCCAACUUUCCAGAAGAACCUCAGGAGGAGGCUUCUCUCAGCAAUAGGCUCAAGACGUAUGCCAUCUUUCCAGAAGCACCUCAGGAGGAGGCUUCUCUCAGCAAUAGGCUCAAGACGUAUGGCAACUUUCCAGAAGCACCUCAGGAGGAGGCUUCUCUCAGCAAUAGGCUCAAGACGUAUGGCAACUUUCCAGAAGCACCUCAGGAGGAGGCUUCUCUCAGCAAUAGGUUGAAGACGUAUGCCAACUUUCCAGAAGCACCUCAGGAGGAGGCUUCUCUAAGCAAUAGGCUGAAGACGUAUGCCAACUUUCCAGAAGCACCUCAGGAGGAGGCUUCUCUAAGCAAUAGGCUCAAGACGUAUGCCAACUUUCCAGAAGCACUUCAGGAGGAGGCUUAUCUCAGCAAUAGGCUCAAGACGUAUGGCAACUUUCCAGAAGCACCUCAGGAGGAGGCUUCUCUCAGCAAUAGGCUCAAGACGUAUGCCAACUUUCCAGAAGCACCUCAGGAGGAGGCUUCUCUCAGCAAGAGGCUCAAGACGUAUGCCAACUUUCCAGAAGAACCUCAGGAGGAGGCUUCUCUCAGCAAUAGGCUCAAGACGUAUGCCAACUUUCCAGAAGCACCUCAGGAGGAGGCUUCUCUCAGCAAUAGGCUCAAGACGUAUGGCAACUUUCCAGAAGCACCUCAGGAGGAGGCUUCUCUCAGCAAUAGGCUCAAGACGUAUGCCAACUUUCCAGAAGCACCUCAGGAGGAGGCUUCUCUCAGCAAUAGGCUGAAGACGUAUGCCAACUUUCCAGAAGCACCUCAGGAGGAGGCUUCUCUAAGCAAUAGGCUCAAGACGUAUGCCAACUUUCCAGAAGCACCUCAGGAGGAGGCUUCUCUCAGCAAUAGGCUCAAGACGUAUGGCAACUUUCCAGAAGCACCUCAGGAGGAGGCUUCUCUCAGCAAUAGGCACAAGACGUAUGCCAACUUUCCAGAAGCACCUCAGGAGGAGGCUUCUCUCAGCAAGAGGCUCAAGACGUAUGGCAACUUUCCAGAAGAACCUCAGGAGGAGGCUUCUCUCAGCAAUAGGCUCAAGACGUAUGCCAACUUUCCAGAAGAACCUCAGGAGGAGGCUUCUCUCAGCAAUAGGCUCAAGACGUAUGCCAACUUUCCAGAAGCACCUCAGGAGGAGGCUUCUCUCAGCAAUAGGCUCAAGACGUAUGCCAACUUUCCAGAAGAACCUCAGGAGGAGGCUUCUCUCAGCAAUAGGCUCAAGACGUAUGCCAACUUUCCAGAAGCACCUCAGGAGGAGGCUUCUCUCAGCAAUAGGCUCAAGACGUAUGGCAACUUUCCAGAAGCACCUCAGGAGGAGGCUUCUCUCAGCAAUAGGCUGAAGACGUAUGCCAACUUUCCAGAAGCACCUCAGGAGGAGGCUUCUCUAAGCAAUAGGCUCAAGACGUAUGCCAACUUUCCAGAAGCACCUCAGGAGGAGGCUUCUCUCAGCAAUAGGCUCAAGACGUAUGCCAACUUUCCAGAAGCACCUCAGGAGGAGGCUUCUCUCAGCAAGAGGCUCAAGACGUAUGCCAACUUUCCAGAAGAACCUCAGGAGGAGGCUUCUCUCAGCAAUAGGCUCAAGACGUAUGCCAACUUUCCAGAAGAACCUCAGGAGGAGGCUUCUCUCAGCAAUAGGCUCAAGACGUAUGCCAACUUUCCAGAAGCACCUCACGAGGAGGCUUCUCUCAGCAAUAGGCUCAAGACGUAUGCCAACUUUCCAGAAGCACCUCACGAGGAGGCUUCUCUCAGCAAUAGGAAACUAAAGAGAUUCCCGAAGAACACUGUCCCAAGUCUAGAGGUACACGAACUUCAGUACAGCAACGGGAGGAAUGCUUCCUGUACCCCAUAUCGUCUCGAGAUGAGAGCUGAUUCCCUGGCUUAG